CUUUCUAUAUUUUUGGAUAUAACGCAACCGAAGCGUCAAGACGAACCGGUGGCUGGCACGUUCCGGAUAGAUGUGGGCUUUGUGGUGCUGGACGCUUUCGCUCAUACCUGGCUGCGCAGAGAGCACAACACGACGGAGCUUCUCUAUGACCUGCUGGACAUGCUCACCUUCUGCAAGUCCGACAUGCCAGGUCUGAUCAAGGGAGAACUUGAGGUCUUCCAGAGAGUAUUGCAGCUCGACUCGGCGCACGACCUUGAAGCUGUGCAAUGGUCGAUUCUUCUCUCCUAUCUGCUCACUGUUUUCCGAGGCAGCGACAGCGAGGUCGACUCAGCUGCGUCGCUGCUGCUCUCGCAGCCCCGGUGGCUGGAGUCCCUCGAGACGCAACUGGUGGAACCCGGGCACGUCCGCGCCACCGGGUUCAUGGUGCUCCAGAGGCUCAUAGACAUCCAGCUCCGGGCACACAUGCCGUGCGGCGGAGCGGUGUUGCUGGAAAAGCGGUCCCUGCAGUCCGAGCUGCACGCCGGCCCGGAGGGCGGCGUUGUGGCCGCCAUGGCGCUCCUCCGCGCCCUGCUCGCCCAGCAGCUCUGGCCCACGGGCAGGGGCCUGGCGGUCAGGCUCAAGACGCCGCUGUCCCUGGCAGACUACAGCGCCCUCCUCUACACUCUGGCGGGACACGCGGCAAAGAUCAACACGGCGGUGGAUGAACCUGCAGUUGAGUGUCUGGAGGUCAUCUUUCUAUUUGUAGACCUCGUCAGCGACACGGAUCUGGUGUCUCGGCUGGCGGCUCAUCCGUGGCUGAAUAGCGUGCUGCUGGAGUGCAGGCUCCUACACGCCGGACCCUCUCUCAGCAUCACCACCCUGAGGAUAGUCCUGCUCGUGCUGCAAGGAGCCCAUACCAACCAGUUGAUUGUGGAGCAACUUCCCUUCAUCGUCGAUUGCCUCAGUACCCAGGGGAAGAGUUGUAUCAGCCUGUCAAGGAGGAUUGCCGUCAAGCUACUGUCUGGAGGCUAUCACCGCCACCUGUCAGAACAGUCCAGAGGGAAACUGCGCCAUCUGCUCAGUCCUGCUGAAGACACAGAUCCGGUACAGCAGCGGCAACAGCAGCAGCAGCAGCCACGGGCCAUCUUGCCUGCCUGAUUCUUCUUCGCUCGGCCCGCGAUCUGUACUAUCAUGUGCUUACUAUGUGUACCGCAACGAUGUGUACUAUGUACAUUGCUGACUUGUUAAUGUCCGAGUAUUUGAACACCGAGUCUUCUUUAUCCAACCCCGAUGCAAGUACUAUGUUCAUGCUUCAGGUUUCCUGUCCGAACUUUGCAAACUUGAUUGGACCAGGAGAACAAUGCGAAGAACAUGCAGUUGGUUACAAAAGGGUCAAAGAUAAGGCACAUUUCGUAAACUCAACUUAGUCCAGAAAAUCUGUGAGAAAGUUAAAACACGCGGACUGCGGGGGGACGUUGUCUGUGUCUCUCCAUAUCUCGCAGCAGAUUUUGUUCUGCAAGUCGUAACCUGUGUCAUGACAUUUGAGCAGUGCAUUUGUCUCUCAACUGUUACUUUGGCUUU